AUGUUACUCACGAUCAGUCUCCUCUCGAUCGCUUCUCUGCAGGGUGUAGCUGUUACUGCUGCACCAUCACAGCCGCAACCUCCCAUCAUUCCCAUUUCAUUUAGCUACGGCGGCUAUCCUCGUGUACAAGCCGAUAUCAGUUGGGGUACACCCGGACAAUCUCCUGUGCCCACAAUCUUUGACACCGGCUCCCCCAGCUUCUGGGUUUUUGGUCCCAAUUCGAUCAUCAAUGAUGGUAGCAAUUACCAUUACGAACAGGGUCCCUGCAACAAGACUGUCAAGAGCUUUUACAACUGGCCCAAGUCAAGUUCGCAUUCUAAAGGAGGCGCUACCAAGCCUAAAGGCGGACCUUUGGGCUAUGCCUAUGGCGGCAACGGCAAGUUGAUAACAGCACCCGCUCUCAUCAACGACACAUUCGGCUUCUCCAAUUCAAAGUUCCCGAAAUUGACCAACAACCAAGUGGCAUUGGCGAAUUAUGCGCAGAUUACUCAACUCGACGAUAAAUGCCAGAUCUCCGAAAGUACCUUUGACCACAGCAUCCUCGGUUUGGCACCACUUCCUGAGGGCUUCGCUGGACCUUCUUUCCGCGAUAAUUUGCGCCGUAGUGGGGAGACACGUUCCUCGUCUUUCACCAUGUGGUUUGAUCAACAACCCAAGUCUAUCAAGUCUCCUUACCUGGGCGCAGCUGUGUUCGGUGCCGCACCUUCAACGAAGAAGUAUACCGGCGAGCUUGUACGCAUCAAGCAGGAUUAUCCGGAGCGUACCUAUGUGGGUUACUAUUCGGCACUACCAGAGCUGACUGCUACAUCGAUUCGCAAGCCGGGCAAGCCCGUCAAGAUUGGUCUAGCGGAUCCUUCGGUCAAGCAGUGUCUGCUUGAUUCCGGUACAGGCGAGGAUCGUGUGCCCUUCAGCGGAAAGGAGAUCAUGAAGGCAACAGGGCUUAUUCAGCUGCAAAAUCCGUCCGUACUUGCAUAUAACGGGACUUGCGAGUCCAUUCCGCAUACUGCCACUGUCAACUUUACCUUUGCCGGAGCUACUAAAGGGAAGGCUGUGACAAUCGCUGUUCCUAUUCGCAGCUACGCCCGUGGGGAAUUCGACGGGUUACCUGGCUACGACGCUUCCAAGUACUGUGCUUUGAGCCUCUCGCCUGACGAGUAUGGCGAUUGUACCUUUGGUGCCCCCUUCUUCACAGCUGCUUAUGCCGUCUUCCACGAUGACAAGAAGCAGGUCGCGCUGGCGCAAGGUGGUGUUUCCACUGGAACAGCCAAUGGUGUAGCUGGGAUUGGUCAGCUCACACCCAUCCUCCCUGGUUCGAACAUUCCGGGUUCAGUUUAG